AUGCAUUUUCUUUUCCUUGGAGUUCUUUCAGCCUUUAUUGUUCUUCAGUCAUAUGUUGAUGUAGCUGAAGCAGAUUCGUAUCCGCCAUAUGCCCCCGAUGCAGUAGAUAAACUAGCAGCAAAAGGUCUUGCGAAACUAGCGGCAUAUCAAGCUAUACAUCAUCCACACAACACUUGCACGAUCAAGAAUGCCAUAAAGCGUCGUGAAUGGAGCGAUCUCUCAGGAGCGGAUAGAAUUGCAUAUACAAAUGCUGUUCUUUGUUUACAGUCCAAAAAGCCCAUAACGCCUUCUGAAGUUGUUCCGGGUGUUCGAAGUCGCUUUGAUGACUUCGUUGCUGCGCAUAUGAAUCAGAGCUUUACUAUUCAUGCUACAGGCAAUUUUCUGGGCUGGCAUAGAUAUUAUAUUCAUACGUACGAAAAAGCACUCCGUGAAGAAUGUGGAUACAAAGGAUAUCAACCUUAUUGGAACUGGGGCAGAUACGCCGAUGAUCCGAUACACUCCCCGCUCUUUGACGGGACUCCCACUAGCAUGAGCGGCAAUGGAUUGUAUUACAACCAUACUGGUGUUCCUAUCAAUCUCGCGCCGGCGCCAUUUGACAUUAUCCCGCCUGGUGUCGGUGGUGGAUGUGUUACCACAGGCCCGUUCAAGAAUAUGACUGUUCACCUUGGCCCAGUCUUUGGAACAAUAUCCGGCACGCCAGUGAACCCUCAAGCCGACGGCUUCGGUUACAAUCCACGAUGCCUACGCCGCGAUGUCAACGUUCAUAGUGCUGCUGUUACGAAAACCAACUACACUUACGAUCUUAUCACAAAACCUUCAAAUGCAGACAUAUAUUGGUUCCAGACUGUCAUGCAAGGCUUGUUCAGUAUAGGAGAAUGGGGCGUUCAUACUGGAGGGCAUUACACCGUGGGUGGUGAUCCGGGUGGUGACUUCUUUACAUCUCCAGGCGACCCAGCUUUCUAUCUUCAUCACGGUAUGAUAGACAGAGUCUGGUGGAUAUGGCAACUUCAGGAUUUAGCAAAGAGACAGAAUGCCGUCUCAGGAACGAUCACCUUGAGUAACGUCCCUCCUAGUAGAAACACCACCUUGGAGGAUCUACAAGAUAUUGGGUAUAAUGCGGGCCCUGUGCCGUUGAAAGAUUUGAUGAACACACUAGGAGGGCUGAAUGGAGAAUUGUGUUACAUUUAUGUGUGA